AAAAAAAAAUCAACGAGAGGCAAAAAAGUUGAAUUCUAAAGUCAGUCUCUGCGACUCUUCCUUGUCCGCCAUUGCUGGCUUCUCCUCGUUCAGAGAUUUUUUUUUUGGUUCUUCGUAAAUCGGUUUUCCUUCCGAUGCCCGCUCGUCGGAGACAUAGCUACGGCGGCGGAUCUUCUCCUGCAACCGCAUCUUCUUACAGUACUAGUACUUUCACUGAUCGUUCCUCCCCUCCCGCCACCGACAAAUCUAGCUCCAUCGCUCGCUGGAUCUCCGGUAUAUUCAAAAACUGCUUCACUCCUCCCGAUUCCGUUUCCUCCAAGGAUUUCGACGAUUCCGAGCAUAAUAUACGUAGUAGACGGAGCUCAACAGGAAGUGUACAGAGGCAUUAUUAUGGAAACGCAAACGAAAGACAGAACCAAAACGAAAGAUUCAGCUUCGAUGAGAUAUACGCCGCGACCAAGAACUUCUCCCCAUCGUUCAGGAUCGGACAAGGAGGUUUUGGCACUGUUUACAAGGUCAAACUUAGAGAUGGCACUACCGUCGCAAUCAAACGGGCCAAAAAGAGUUUACACGACCAAGGUGCAGAGUUUACGAGUGAGAUUCAGACGUUGGCUCAGGUGACACAUCUGAGUCUGGUCAAGUAUUACGGAUUUUUGGUGCACAAUGACGAGAAGCUUCUGAUUGUGGAGUAUGUAGCCAAUGGAAAUCUCAGAGACCACUUGGAUUGUAAGGAAGGGAAGAUUCUCGACAUGGCUACUCGUCUAGACAUCGCAACCGACGUAGCUCAUGCCAUAACCUAUCUUCACAUGUACACACAACGCAUCACCAUUAGAUGGGCGAUCAAGAAGUUCACGAGUGGAGAUACGAUAUCGGUAUUGGACCCGAAGCUUGAACGGAAUCCAGCCAACAACUUAGCAUUAGAGAAGGUUUUGGAGAUGGCGUUUCAAUGUCUAGCUCCUCACAGAGGUUCGAGGCCAACCAUGAAGAAAUGCAGUGAGAUUCUGUGGGGAAUCCGUAAAGAUUACAGAGAGCUGCUCAACACAAGUCUUUGAUAUUCUCUACGCAAUUAUGUUAUGGGUUCCUAUUUUUAGUAACUAUUAUCAUUUCCAUAUUUGUUACAACACACGUUGAUUCUUGUUCCAGAUCGAUAUGUUGUUUUGUGUCAUUUGUUUUCUCUCUUGCAACCUAAUAAUAUUAGUGUAUGUGAUAUCAACAAAAUGAAUUAUUCACGUUACUAUAAACAAAUAAUUCGCUAAAAAUAACAUUUUCGUGUCAAC